UUUAAGAAUUUGUUCUGUAUGUAACGUAAUUUUAACGAUGCAAAUACGUCAAUUGUAAUAAAUGUCAUGGUGCUUUAUUAUAGUUAUGAAACGUUUAAUGGAAUAAUGUGAGAAGAAAUCGGACAUUGCAUUGGCUAACACUAUGACCACAUUAUGCAUGCGACCAAACACACAGAUAUUUAUUGACCAUUGAUCCAGUUGUGUUUUUGAUUAUUUUCCAAAACUAACAAUCAUCUUCAGUUCAUUGAUAUUUAAAUUGUUAAACAAUAAAUAUGUUUAAAUUCGUACUGGUAUUGACUUUGUCAAUGCUUAGUAUUGAAGCUACAAUACCUUCGGAGACUGAAGCGAAAAUUGUAGAAUAUAAAAAUGACAACGAUGGCCUCGGAAACUAUUUUUUUAGAUACGUAACAUCGAACGGUAUAACAAGACAAGAAACCUCACGACUUAUUAAUUCCGGUCAGUCUGACGAGCAUAUCGCUGUCGAAGGAUACUAUUCUUACAAGGAUCUUGAAGGACUCUUACACACUGUUUAUUACAAAGCUGAUACCAAUGGAUACAAAACUAGUACAACAUCUAAACCACGAUUAGAUGAUGGCUUUUUGGAGCCGCCGAUACCCGGAGUCCCAGAUUCUGUCGUCGCUUCUUUAUUGGGAAAAUAAAUAAUCAUCAUCAUUGUCAUCAUGUCAGCCUGAAGACGUCCUCUGCUGAACGUAAGCCUUCCCUAUUGAUUGCCACAAUGCCCGGUCCUGUGUCGUCCGCAUCUAGAGCACUCCCGCAACUUUGACCAAGAUAAAAUGUAAUAAAUAA